CUUCCCUCCGCUCCAGGCCCCCCGCCCCCCGCCCCUCGCGGGCCCCCUUUCUCCCAGCCCCCAGGCAAGCCGGUCUCCUUCCCCUUCCUCGCGGCAUGGGGCCGGCGCCGCCCGGGGUCGCGCGCCUGGGACCCGGCUCGCGCUCGGCCUCGCGCUGUCAGCGGCUGUCCAGCGCGCGCCGCCUCGCGCUCUCCCUCAGUCACUGGCGCCGGAGGCUCCGUUAAGCGGCGGCGGCGGCGGCGGCGGCGGCGGCGGUUCCUGUUUCCGUUUCUUCCCUCUCCCUUCAAGUCGGUAGUAGCAUCCUCCACCCAGCCUCCUCCCCUCCCGCCCCGCUAACGGAGGGCAGCUGCGGCUGAGGCUGUGGCGGCGGCGGCGGCGACCCGGGAGCAGCGGAGACCGCCUGUGCUCCCGCCUCGGGUCACAGCUUUUGCCUUAGAGCACUCUUAACACAAGACAACAUGCUCUGUUGCCCUUAUUGAUUAAUUGAACAAAUUCAGUUGAUUAUUUCAAUGACCCAGAUCAAGCAAUAAUAUCUUUCUUUGGAAAUAUCAUGUGGUUUUGUCAGCUUCUUAUGUUCUAAGAGAAGAAAGCAUAGAGAGUCCAUGAAGCACGGGACAAAGCUUCCUACUCAUACCAGAAGACCUCUUUGAAAGAUUCACUCCAGGACUACCAGUGACACUAAUUUGUCUGAAUCAUCAUGUGUUGAAACAGCAGAAGGCUACUACCUUUGCACUAACAGGAAACAAUUAAGAUGUUUGCGAUUCUUUGAGCUCCAGAAAGCCAGGGGAGUGAGUUGAAAAUCUGAAAAUGCGGCCAUGGACUGGUUCCUGGCGUUGGAUUAUGCUCAUUCUUUUUGCCUGGGGGACCUUGCUGUUUUACAUAGGUGGCCAUUUGGUACGAGAUAAUGACCACCCUGAUCACUCUAGCCGAGAACUGUCCAAGAUUCUGGCAAAGCUUGAACGCUUAAAACAGCAAAAUGAAGAUUUGAGGCGAAUGGCUGAAUCUCUCCGGAUACCAGAAGGCCCCAUUGAUCAGGGGCCGGUUUCCGGAAGGAUUCGUGCUUUAGAAGAGCAGCUUGUGAAGGCCAAAGAACAAAUUGAAAAUUAUAAGAAACAAACUAGAAAUGGUCUAGGGAAGGAUCAUGAAAUUCUGAGGAGGAGGAUUGAAAAUGGAGCUAAAGAGCUUUGGUUUUUUCUACAAAGUGAAUUGAAGAAAUUAAAGAAUUUAGAAGGAAAUGAACUCCAAAGACAUGUGGAUGAAUUUCUGUCAGAUUUGGGGGAUCAUGAAAGGUCCAUAAUGACAGACCUAUACUACCUCAGUCAAACAGAUGGAGCAGGUGAUUGGCGGGAAAAAGAGGCCAAAGAUUUGACAGAACUGGUCCAGCGGAGAAUAACAUAUCUUCAGAACCCCAAGGACUGCAGCAAAGCCAAGAAGCUAGUGUGUAAUAUCAACAAAGGCUGUGGCUAUGGCUGUCAACUCCAUCAUGUGGUCUACUGCUUCAUGAUUGCAUAUGGCACCCAGCGAACACUGAUCUUGGAGUCUCAGAAUUGGCGUUAUGCUACUGGUGGGUGGGAAACUGUGUUUAGACCUGUAAGUGAGACCUGCACGGACCGAUAUGGCAUCUCCACAGGACACUGGUCAGGUGAAAUAAACAACAGAGAUGUUCAGGUGGUCGAGCUUCCCAUUGUGGACAGUCUUCAUCCUCGUCCUCCAUACUUACCCCUGGCUGUACCAGAAGACCUUGCAGAUCGACUUGUUCGGGUUCAUGGUGACCCUGCAGUGUGGUGGGUGUCGCAGUUUGUCAAAUACUUGAUCCGCCCACAACCUUGGCUGGAAAAGGAGAUAGAAGAGGCCACCAAGAAGCUUGGCUUCAAACAUCCAGUCAUUGGAGUCCACGUCAGACGCACAGACAAGGUGGGAACAGAAGCUGCCUUCCAUCCCAUCGAGGAGUACAUGGUGCACGUUGAAGAACAUUUUAAGCUUCUCGCUCGCAGGAUGCAAGUGGAUAAAAAAAGAGUGUAUUUGGCCACAGAUGACCCUUCUUUAUUAAAGGAGGCAAAAACUAAGUACCCCAGUUAUGAAUUUAUUAGUGAUAACUCUAUCUCUUGGUCAGCUGGACUGCACAAUCGAUACACGGAAAAUUCACUUAGAGGUGUGAUUCUGGAUAUACACUUUCUCUCCCAGGCAGACUUCCUAGUGUGUACUUUUUCAUCCCAGGUCUGCCGAGUCGCUUAUGAAAUCAUGCAAACACUGCAUCCUGAUGCCUCUGCAAACUUCCAUUCUUUGGAUGACAUCUACUAUUUUGGGGGCCAAAAUGCCCACAACCAGAUUGCCAUUUAUUCUCACGAGCCUCGAACUGCAGAGGAAAUUCCCAUGGAACCUGGAGACAUCAUCGGUGUGGCUGGAAAUCACUGGGAUGGCUAUUCUAAAGGUGUCAACAGGAAACUGGGAAGGACGGGCUUAUAUCCCUCCUACAAAGUACAAGAGAAGAUAGAGACAGUCCAGUACCCCACAUAUCCUGAGGCCGAGAAAUAAAGCUUAAGAUGAAGGAAAAGGACAACUAAACUCGGUUCAAACUAUUUGAGCCAAACAGUAGAUGAAGAAAGCCCCGUCCUAACAACACGCGGUUAAAUAAGUAGACACCCUCAGCAUCAGGAGCAGCUGAGAACUGACAGAUGUUUUGUUGGUGGAAUUUCUCUUUAACAAGGGCUACAAUGCCCAAAACCCCUGCACAGUCCAAUAAUGUACUCACAUAUAACAUGCAAGCAGGUGGUUUUCGACUUUGCUUCUUCUUUCAAGAUUAUGUCUCCAUGAGAAAAACACUGCCACAUUGUAAUUUAAGUGACACAGACAUUUGUGUGAGACUUCAAACAUGGUGCCUAUCUCUGAGAGACCUGAUGAGAAGACUUGAACAGCUCCCCACUGCUGGGAGGUGGAUUCUUAGUCAGUGGUGGUAUUGCAUCCACUGAAUUCACUCCAGUCAGCAGAUUCAGAAUGAGAAUGGAUGUUCUUGUCUGGAAUUUUUUUUUUUAAUUAAUUGCAUCAGUUCAUCCACCUCAUCUUUAAUAAAUGAAGGAGAUACAUUGAAAUAAAAUAUUCUCAUUCCAUUAGGAACUUUUGUAAAACGAUGCCAUGAACAGAUUCUUUAGUACUCAAUGUUUCUGGCCAUUCUCUUUGAUAACAAAAAAUAAAUUUUAAAAAGA